AUGAUUCCCUUUCCCGAGAACCUCAGCAGAGGCCCUCAGCAGGUCCUCCAGGUCAAAGCUAUACGAGCACCCCUCAAAAAACACGAGUUUGUUCUUCUCACCUCCCUGCACCCCACUCCCAAAGUCAUCCGAUUUCAAGUUAUUCACCCCCACGCUUGCAUUCUUAGCUAUGAUCACUGUGGAAAAGCAGACGCGGGGGAGCAAGAAUUCAAAGGGGCCCCACAUAGACGCUCGUUCCCUGCAAACGAUGAAGCCGGGAAGUUUCUAAGGGAAUCCGGGAUCGCGCCACUCAAGGAGUUACAGCUCAAGUUGAAGACUUUAACUCUAUGGAGGUCCAGAUUCGGUAUAUUCCCGUGA